AUGCUCGCGCAACAGCACCCAGCACCCCACGCCGCGCACCAACAGCAAUACCCAUACAACAACGCUUCCUCUUCUUCCGCCAUGUCGGCAGCUAGCACAAGCAGAUCUAUCAAGCCCGCUUCGGGCUUCCAAAGAGUCAACGAGUUCAUCGGAGGCAAAGUUCAGGAAGUGUUUGUCAUUGACGACGAUACGCCUCCCCCCACUAACCCGCUCAGCGUCCAAUCUGCCCGCGAUCCGCAUCUCGUUAACAACUACGCACACGUUAACGGCCAUGCGGCUGGCGCGCCAUACACAUCAACACUCCACGGCUAUGCGUCUGGCUCCGCAGCCGAUCCACGUUACGACGCCAACGCGCAUCUCACCAAGGGCAAACGCAAGGCGCAGGACAAUGGCUCCAGUGCACGUCUCGCCGGCGCGCAUCUCAACAUGCUGCCCCACGAUGCCGACCUUAUCGCCCCCGCACCCCACCCGGGUCUCCAGGGCGUGCCUGGCGAAGCUCCCAUUCCCAAGCGACGCAAGCGGAGCCAUCCCGUCAAGCCAGACGAUGCGCUUGCUGCCGGUGUCGCCUACGAUCCCAAUGGUGAUGCUGCUACCGCAGGCCAUCUCGCAGCCUCAGGCGCAGCAGGUCUGGUGCCGGCCAAACGACAUGCACCGGAACUGGUCCAGGCAAGGGUGCAACCCAAUUAUCGCGGUGGCUAUCCUGCAGGCUCAGGUGCGCUCGACUAUGCAGCACGCUACGACCCGGCAGCAACCAACGCCGCCUUUGCACACGCGCAUCCUGGCUACGAAGGGACUGCGAGCACACGCGACUCGUAUGCUAGCUCUGCAUCGUAUGUCGCCGCCGCCGCAGCCAACAACGGGCCGGUCGACGACGACCAGGGUCAUUUCAUUGUCACCCCGGGUGAUUAUGUGACAAGUCGAUACAAGAUCUUGCGCCUGCUAGGUCAAGGCACCUUCGGCAAGGUGGUCGAGUGCUACGAUAAGAAGCUGCGCAAGUACGUCGCCAUCAAGAUCAUCCGUGCGGUGCAAAAGUACCGCGAUGCGAGUCAGAUCGAGAUUCGCGUCCUGCGAACCUUGCGCGAAAACGACCCGAGUAACGAGAACAAGUGCAUCCACCUGCUCGAAACGUUCAACUUUAAGAACCACGUUUGCAUCGUCUCGGAGCUGCUGGGCAAGAGCGUGUUUGACUUUCUUAAAGAGAACAAGUUCCAGCCCUUCCCGCCGCUGCAUAUCUGGCAAUUCGCCAAGCAGCUCAUGCAGAGCGUGGCCUUUUUGCAUCGAUUGAACCUGGUGCACACCGACCUCAAGCCCGAAAACAUCUUGCUUGUUAGCAGCGAGCAUUCCAUCGUGGCAACAUCCAGAAGGCAGAACGCCAAGAGGAAGCAUGUGCUGCACAACCCCGAGAUUCGACUGAUCGACUUUGGCUCUGCGACAUUCAACGACGAGUUCCACUCUUCCGUCGUGUCGACACGGCACUACCGAGCACCAGAGAUCAUCUUGUCCAUGGGCUGGUCUUUUCCUUGCGAUGUGUGGUCGAUCGGUUGCAUCCUGGUGGAAUUUUUCACGGGUGAUGCCUUGUUCCAGACGCACGACAACCUCGAGCACCUCGCCAUGAUGGAAGCCGUCUUGGGCAAGAUGCCAGACGACUACCGGCGCAAAGCGGAAACGUACAAACCCGAGUAUUUCAAGCACGGCGCGCUCAAGUAUCCGGUGCCCGAGACGAGCAAGGACAGCCGCAAAUAUGUCAAGCAGAUGAAGAGGUUGCAGGAUCUCAUUGUCACCCCAGCGUCGCAGCCGCAGUAUGCUAAGCACAACAGCAAGUUUUUGGAUCUGCUCCGGAAGCUGUUGGAGUUUGAUGCGGGCAAGAGGAUCAAGGUGUCGGAUGCGUUGAAGCAUCCCUACUUUGCGCUGGAUCCGGAGAAGGAAAUCCCUCCCAUGUGA